GCGGGGGCGCCGCGCACGCGCAGGGCCGGCGGCGCGCGCCGAGCGGGGGGCACCGCGCGGGUGCAGCCACGAUGGAAGGGGGUGCGUACGGAGCGGGCAAAGCCGGGGGCGCCUUCGACCCCCACACCCUGGUCCGGCAGCCGCACACCAUUCUGCGCGUCGUGUCUUGGGUGUUCUCCAUCGUGGUGUUCGGCUCCAUCGUGAACGAGGGCUACCUCAACAAUAACUCGGGGGGCGAGAAGUUCUGCAUCUACAACCGCAACCCCAGCGCCUGCAGCUAUGGCGUGGCUGUGGGCGUGCUUGCCUUCCUCACCUGCCUGCUCUACCUGGCCCUGGACGUGUACUUCCCGCAGAUCAGCAGCGUGAAGGACCGCAAGAAAGCUGUCCUGUCCGACAUCGGGGUCUCAGCCUUCUGGGCCUUCCUCUGGUUCGUGGGCUUCUGCUUCCUGGCCAACCAGUGGCAGGUGUCCAAGCCGAAGGACAACCCAAUGAAUGAAGGGACAGAUGCGGCCCGAGCCGCCAUCACCUUCUCCUUCUUCUCCAUCUUCACGUGGGCGGGCCAGGCCGUGCUGGCCUUCCAGCGGUACCAGAUUGGCGCCGACUCGGCCCUCUUCUCCCAGGACUACAUGGACCCCAGCCAGGACUCCAGCAUGCCUUAUGCCCCCUACGUGGAGCCCAGCGCCGGGCCGGACCCCGCCGGCAUGGGCGGGACCUACCAGCAACCGGCCAACGCCUUUGACACGGAGCCCCAGGGCUACCAGUCCCAGGGCUACUGAGCUGCCGUGACCACCUGCCCCUUGCCUGUCCCCGCCCCAGUCCCAGCUGCCCCUCCCCUCCUUCACCCCUGCCCACACCCAGACCCUGGCUCCCUCCCAGACUGCCCUGCCCAGCGCCUUGGCAGCCUCUGCGUUGUUCUGCUGUGGUCCAGGGCAGCUCGGUGGGAUGGGGCGGUAAGGUGUUGGGGGUCUGUCUCCACGUGUGUGCAAGGCUGUGUGGCAGGGGCUGGGGGGGCGUUUGCACUCGUGCGUUGUGUCACUGAGCGUUCAACACGUGCCUACUGUGUGUCACGUAUGGGCUUGACACAGGUAGGGAGAGACCAGUGGUCCAGGGAAGGGGGACGACAAAGUGCCGAGGAGCCCCGCUGCUCCCGGAGGUGGGAAUUGGCGUGAAAGCCCGGGAUGAUGCCAGGAAGGUUUGGCUCCCGCGUGUGUGGGGACGUGUGGAGGACACUGGGGGCUGUCACCCAGCCCUACUACGAGCGUGGGGGUGGUCUCCGUUUUAUGGUUGAGAACACUGAGGCCUGCAGAAGUCAAGGUCCCUUGCCCAGGGUCACUCAGGCAGCCAGUCAUAGAGUUGGGCCCAAGCCCAGGCCACCUGACCGGAGAGCCCCUGCUGUGUCCUGUCUUCCCUGCCUUCCCCGUCCCUGGGGCGCCACCACUCAGUGUUCCUGUCACUCUGGGAGGCCUUGGGGACCUCAGCCCAUGAGAGAACCCUGAUUCUGCUGCAAGCCAAGGGCCUGCUCUGCCUGGCUGCUCCCCACAGUAGGCCAGCCCAGCCUCCAGGCCCUGCUCCCCACAUCCCCACGGCCCCUCCCCCAGCCUCCAGUCGGGGUGGGAGGGCCAACGGGGCUCGCCUCACUCGCUUGUUUCCCCAUGUGCUGUGCCAUGCUGUGUGCGCCCCACAGGGAGCUCUAGCACCCUCUCUGUGGCCUCCCAAAGGACUGACCAUUGUCCCUGCCCAGGGCUGGGUGGAUGAGGAGGCCCAGAAUGGGGAGUGACCGGCCCAAGGACACAGUGACUGAGUGGCAGAGCUGGGCUUGCUGCCUGGGUUUCUUGGCCCCAGCCACCCAGCAGGUGCCCCGAUUCCCUGCCCUGACCUUGUGACCUCCCAGGAAACAGAAGUGAUCUGGGACACUGUGUCAUCUGUCCCUCAGCCGGGGUCAGCCAGGGGCUUGGAGCCUGGAACACCCAAGGACAUGGAGAGUCCUUCCACUGGCCUUCCAGAAGGCUCAAUGAGAGGACCAUCUCCCUGUGGGAGCAGGGGAGAGGGGGCAGGGGCUGUGGAACCCGCAAGGCCAGCCUUCAAGCUGCUGCCAUGGAUCAAACUGCUCCCAAGAUGAACGCUGAGAGCCCCUGGUGCGUGGUAGGCUGGGGGAGGCAGUGGGCUCUCGGAGACGGUAGCAGGUGCCUCCAAAGGCACAAGGAGGAUUGGGAGGAGGAAGGGAUUCUUCACUGAACCUUAAAGGAUGGGGAGGCCUUAAAGGAGAGAGAGAGGCGUGGGGGGGCAUGGGGCCCCGCGUCCACUGGCCAGUGCCCCAGGGAGCAGGACUGGGGUAUCGUGGCCUGGCACCAUGCUGGCUGUUCCUACCACUGGCACCCCAUUUCCCCACAAGAAUCCUCAGAGGCAGGUCAUACCCACCUGCCCAUUGACUCAGCAGCUGUCUCGUGCCAGGGUUUCAGAAAACAUGCAAGCUGGCCGUCCGGAGAUGUGUCCCAAGCCAACCACUGUACCCAGGGUCUACCAGGGGGCAGAGUGCUAUCCGAGUGCUUGCCAAGGGAUGCCAGGGCGGGGGCAGGAGGGGCUCUAGGAGGGGCCAGGAGGAUGGGCAGCAGUUAGCACAGUGAUGGGGGAAGGAGGAGGAAUCUCCUAGGUUGAGAAGUAGCUUCGUUGUCCCGACUCAACAGAAAGGGAAACAGGCUCGGAGUGUAAACGAGUUAGCAGUGGAGCAGGUAUCUGAACUCGAGCCUGUUCCAAGUCCUCGGCGGGGGGGGGGGGGGGGGGGGGGGGGCAACAGUGACAGGAGAGAUCCCCAGACAGCCAAGCAACAGCUGGUCUUCAUAGACUCCAGUUUCCCACAUCUGAGGGAGGCGCUCUGUCUCUGGUAACCCGCCAGUGGCGUAAGUGGGGAUGGAAUGGAGUGGUGGCAUUUACCAGGCCGAGCAGCGGAGCCUGUACCAGACCAAGUUUGAGAAGCAGGUAAGGGGCGCGGGUGGUUGUGGGUGCGCUUCUGGCAAAGUGAGGUUCUGUACGCAUGCAGGAGGUUGAGAGAGGUCCUUCCCCGCGCCCGCUCCCUACCAAACAGCUCCCCUGCUGAUGGACACCAGGAGACCCCAGGGUGCUGCUCACCCAUUCUCCCUGGGCACCAACCAGCUGCUCGUAAUACGGAGCUGGAGGGCCGGGUACCACUUGAGCUUCAUUGAUCCCCUGGGCGUUUCUUCUAGACUGUCCCUGCCACCCCAGACUGGGGAAUUUUACAGAACCCCUGCCACGAGGGAGGGGCGCAGAAUCUUCUCACUUUGCAUUCUUCACUCGACCUGGGGUACAGCCCAGACAAGAUCCCAUCAUCAAGCUGGGUGUUGGCAGGGGCCCAACAGUGGUUCAGGUGAGAAAUGGGGAGAGGGCGGGAUUCGGCUGGAACCCAGGGCUCCUGACUCCCCUUCUGGGGACCCCCUGCUUCUUCCACUGACUGAGGACAGCACCCAGGAGGUCCCAAACUUAGAACCCCUGUUCGUGGGCCAACAGUAUCCUCUGUCCCCCUCCCUGCUGCCUCCCUCAGCCUCUCCCUUGCUUCCAACCCUUUCUCUGGAGAAGACUGCCCCCUGCAGUCUAACCUUGCCGGGUUUGGGCUCCCUCCUUCCACCAAGCACAAGAGAGGGCCCAGGAAAACUGGGUUCCACACAAGUUUAGAGUUGCAAGGACCCUUAGAGAAGGUAGAGUAGGCCAAGAAGACAGUCAUUUGUCCAAAGUUAUGCACAGAGAAGUUGAGGACCUCGGUCUCCUGCCUCUGAGUUAACACUCACCCAGAGCCGUCUGCCUGGGUGUGACAGUCAAGGGUCUAAUUCCCCGGGAUUUGGCAUCCGUUCCCCUACUCCAACCUCGCCUGUGAUUUUUGAUCUUCAGAGACUCUCGGGGGCAUCAGGCUCCCCCCAUGUAACCAAGAGCCCCCACUUGUUACCCCUUGAGGGCCCCCAACCUUGGCCCAAGACCCCUUUGAUCCUCUAAGGAGCAGGAAGAGGGAGCACCCCUCCCAAGAGUUUGUGGGAGGAUGGGCUGGUCCAGCCAUCUCCCAGCGCUGCCCCUUGAUGUGACAUUCCCCAUCCCCUGGUGCCCACAGCCCUUGUCUGGGUGUCCCAGCCCUCCUGCAGCGUAACUGCCUGUGUAUAGUAUAAAUAUAUAUAUUUUCUAUAUAUAAGAUGUAUAAUAUAAGGCUCCACAAAUAUAUCUCUGUGUGUGUGCGUGUGUGCAGUGAAUGGCGGUCCCCAUCCUGGGCCCCCACUCUGGACUCCCCCACCACCUGGUUAAGUCUCAAGAGUGAAUCCAGUGGCCCCGUGACACCCUCCAUUAUGACAUCUGUCCAUUUGUGGUGAACCAAGUGAAGGUGGUGACUUAUGGUGACAUAGUAAUAAAGUGAAGACAAGCCCA